UAAAUUUACUAUGUUUUUGAAGAGUUAUUGUUGGAACAUAGUUCUUCUCAUCAUUGAUAUUGAUUAUCGUAUAGGUAUCCGAUGCUUGCCAACAUAUAGUAGCGAUGCACCUCGAUAAAUGGAUAUCGUGAGAGAUAAUUGUAACAAACAGAGCAGAGAGAUGACGAAAGUUCGUGAGCUCGUGAUGCAAAAACUGGGAUUUCUCCCGAACGCAUUAGAUUCUGCUAUCAGUAGCAGAUUGUGAAGUGCUCCAGGCUAAAUCGAACAAUAAUUUACUUCACCGGAUCUCCCAUCAGUAUUCAAGAGUUUACGGUUUGCUACAGUGCUUUUUUUAAUAAAUUGGUAAAGUGUGAGCAACAGAACAAAUCAAAUACAAAUUGUUGUGGUACAUAGGAACAGGUGAGAUCGUAUACAAUCGAGACUGAUUACGACAAAAAUCAGGAUGCGUGUUGAAAUGAAUCUAGACAUUCAAGAAUCUCACAAUCCACGAGAAAAUAUGGAUAACCGUAUCGCGGAGUUUAAAAAUGAUCCGGACAGAAUGAAUGAUGUGAACGUAUUCGUUGACGACGUCCUGAAUGAGGCUCAGAAAAACGCCGAAGUAAAACUCCAGGAUAAAACGGCGGAAGAAAGGCCCAGGAAUGGGAACAAACUUCUAAGCGGCUUAAAGCAACACCGCGUCGUUACGCGUACACGAGGCAUCGUGCUCAGGAUUUUUGAAGCAAUAUGCAACUGCACAAACUCGACCACAUUGCCAGGACAAAGACCGGCAGGCUCUUCAUCAGUCACCGCUAAUAAAUGAAUACAUUAAAUUAAUGAUCACUAUGUAGAUGAAGAAAAAAAUCAAAAAGUAAUUUUGUCUAAAGAUGUGUAUUGAAACAAUAUUUCCAAUCCUACGAUAUGAUGUUAAGAUAAUUUAUGAAACGAACAACGUGUUUCACGUUAUGUCAAAUUUAUGAAACGCACAUGUUUGAAUAGAUGCUCGAUUAUGAGUAGCCGUAACGUAAACGUGUGUUGAAAGGUCGUGAUAUGUAUUCCUACUAUAUGUAGACAACAAACCUAGCCUUUAUUUGCUAUGCUCUGUUUUACCAAAUGUACAACAUAUUGAAACAUAUCUUUAUUUUAGGAUCGAUCCAAUCAAUGUACACUAUUUUUGAUCAUCUUAAUGAUAAUAACUAUACAACUGAGAAUUAUACAACUUUUACCAAUAACUACUAGCCCAACCAUAAUUUUACAACAAAGUUUAUAGAUAACGAACUAAAGCAAGUAGUUUGAAAAUUUCGACAUAAAUGAAAACAUAUAGCAUUUGUUUGACAAACCAAAACAUAUAUUAUAAUCAUGGAACAAACAGUAAUCAUUUAAACUCUCACCAAUUCGUUUUUCUCGUCCAUAUUUAUUGAACAAACCUAGUUUUGGAAGCUAAUACAUUUUUAAAUAAUGUGGUGAUGUGUUGAACCAAUUAAAAAAUGAAUGUCAUA